GUUAGAGGGGAUCAUCAAAAGGGUUUCCAUGUUCAAAUGCUGGUUUUGAGAGAGAGAGAGAGAGAGCUUAUAUGGAAGAAGUUGGUGUGGAAACGCCCUUGCUGUCUAGUGACGCUCAACGUGCCAACCACCAGAAUGGAGUAGGAUUGAUACGACGCCGUAACUCUGUCACUUAUCUAAAAUGUGACUUCAUCUCCAAUUUGCCUGACAAGGUUCGAGCUGCCCUUGAUCCUGAGACCCCUUUCAAUCUUGACCUCACUAAAACCAAGGGCUUGAUUCAAGGAGAGAAGGAAUACUAUCAAAAACAAUUGGCAACUCUAAAAUCUUUUGAAGAAGUUGACUGUCUACAUUCUCAUGAGAUUAAUGAAGAGCAAGAAAAUCAAGAACAGCUCCAACAUGAGAGAGCAAUGAACAUUUCUAAUUGGGCAAAUAUCUUUUUGCUUGCUUUCAAGAUAUAUGCUACUAUAAAGAGUGGAUCUUUAGCUAUUGCAGCAUCAACACUUGAUUCUUUGCUAGAUCUCAUGGCUGGUGGUAUUCUAUGGUUUGCACACUUGUCAAUGAAAAGCAUUAAUAUCUAUAAGUAUCCCAUUGGAAAAUUGAGGGUGCAGCCUGUUGGAAUCAUCAUCUUUGCUGCUGUCAUGGCUACUCUUGGCUUCCAAGUGCUUAUCCAGGCUGUGGAACAGCUGAUUCAAAAUAAACCUUCUGAAAAGAUGACUUCAGAGCAAUUGAUUUGGUUGUAUGCAAUCAUGCUGACAGCUACUGGAGUUAAACUUAUCUUAUGGUUUUACUGUAAAAGUUCAGGGAAUGAAAUCGUCCGCGCCUACGCAAAGGAUCAUUAUUUCGAUGUGGUAACCAAUGUAAUUGGCUUGGUAGCUGCUGUUCUUGGUGAUAAAUUUUAUUGGUGGAUUGAUCCAGCUGGUGCUCUCCUCCUUGCUAUUUAUACAAUUUCAAAUUGGUCUGGAACUGUACUAGAAAAUGCAGUUUCCCUGAUUGGACAGUCAGCUCCUCCUGAGGUCCUGCAAAAACUUACAUAUCUUGUCCUUAGACACCAUCCUAAAAUCAAACGAGUAGACACAGUUCGUGCCUAUACCUUCGGAGUUCUUUAUUUUGUUGAGAUUGAUAUUGAACUGCCUGAGGAUUUGCCACUCAAAGAAGCCCAUGCUAUUGGAGAGUCAUUGCAGAUAAAGAUUGAAGAACUUUCCGAAGUGGAAAGGGCAUUCGUUCAUCUUGAUUAUGAGUGCAACCACAAACCAGAGCACUCUGUUCUUAAUAGGCUCCCCCAUAACCUUGAUUGAUUUGUUAGUUUUUUUACAUUGUGUAUCUUCCUGCUUUCUGCCAACCAUGAUGAUCUAAAUUAAUUUUUUGAGUUUGUGAAUUGGAAGGACUGUAUUUGGGUUGUUCUGUUGGUUUGUUUGUAGUCUGAUUGCU